UCUUUGACUCGUCCUACUACAAGCCCGGCGGCCCCGUCUUCCUGUACAUUGGCGGAGAAACGAGCGGAGAGUCGCGCUUUUCCAACUUGCAGACUGGAAGUAAGCAAUGGCCGUGAAUUACAGUAUCCUGGUGAUGCCAAUCUAACUCGGUUCAGUCAUCCAGAUUCUGAUGCAAAAGUUCAGUGGUCUCGGUGUUAUACUCGAAAACAGGUACUAUGGAGAAAGUUUCCCGUACAACACCAGCACCACAGAUGAACUGAGGUUCUUGACCACCGAGCAGAGUAAGGAAAUGGCAUCGCUUUUUUUUACUACCGAAUCUGACGUCUGAUAGCUAUUGCCGAUAAUGCAUACUUCAGACAACAUGCAACUUUUCCCGGCGUCAACGCCAGUCUAAACAGCCCCGACACUCCUUGGAUCAUGUACGGCGGUUCUCUUGCGGGUGCUCAAACUGCCUUUACCAUGAAGACAUACAACGACCUCUUUGCCGGCGGCAUUGGCAGCAGCGCGACGGUCCAGGCGCACCUCGGGUACCCCUCGUGGUACACACCGAUUAUGAAGUUUGGCCCGUCAGACUGUGUUUCGCGCGUCAUUUCCAUUGUCGACAAAAUGGACGCUCUCAUCGCCAGCGGCAACGAAAAGGGGAUCCAGCAACUCAAAGAUAUUUUUGGCCUGGGCUCGCUCUCCAGCCUCGGUGACUUUGCCAUGACGAUUGCAUUUCCCAUUGGGGGACCCAUGAACUACCCAACCAACACCUGGCAAGAGCUCAACUGGUCGCCGCUCUACGGCUCUUCCGACUUUUUCGACUUUUGCUCAAACGUCACGAAUCCGUCGUCCCCCGGAAACACCAGCAGCGUCGACACAGCUCUCGCACAGUACUCUGAUGGCGAGGCCUGGACGGGCUUGAGCAACUACGCCGCCUACAUCAAGCGCGUGCUCCUCCCCGAAUGCACCACAGGCCGCAUCAACAGCACCGACCCAGGCUGCUUCAGCACGCAGAACCAAACCUUCUACGCCGACCCCACAAACGGCGCCUCCCGCUCCUACCUCUACUCGACGUGCACCGAGUCCGGCGCGUACCAAGUUGCGCCCGCCCAUGGGCCCUCGCUCAUCUCGCGCGUCCUGCAAAUCCCCUACACGCAGCAAUGGUGCACAUGGGCGUUUCCCCCAGGCCAAUACAACAGCAUCCCGCCCACGCCCGCGCUGCACUACUACAACAGCUACGGCGGCUGGAACAUCCAAGCCAAGAACCUGGCCCUCAUUGACGGAAACACAGACGUCUGGCUCGACCUGUGCUACCAUUCCAAUCUCGUCGAUAAACUCAGAAUCAGCAGUGAUUUGCACCCCAGCUACCUGAUUGCAGGGGCUGGCCACCACUGGGACAGCUACGGCAUCAAGCAUGUGCUGGCGGAGCCGCAGUUUAUCCGCGAGGCGCACCUGUGGGAGGAGAGGACUGUGGCGAGGUUUUUGGAGCGGUGGGCCCAGAAGAAGCAUUGAGUUGUCUUGCCUUGUUGAGCAAACGUAGAUAGACAGGGUAGCUGUUGAAAUCUAGUCUCUCUCUCU